CAUAGUUUGCUCUCUUAAGACAUUGAGUUCAACAAAAUUUUGGACAUUUCUGAUAUCACCAGCAGUGGCCUAACACGUCAGGGUCAAGAGAAGAGGAAAAUAUACGGAAGAAAGGGUUGAAACGAGAACGACUGCAGCCGAGAAAAAGCAUGGCCUCAGAGCAACAACUAGUUCCGCCCCGGUUCGAUGUGAACGAAGCCGAAAUGGCCGAGUACCUCCGAGUGUUCGAUUGCUUCGACAAGGACCACAAUGGAAAGCUGUCACAAGAUGAAUUGAAAGAAAUGUUACGGGUGGUGAAGAUACCGAAAAAACCAAAAGCUCAGGACGUCAUGAGACUGGCGGACACUGACGGUGACGGACACAUCAGCAAGGACGAAUUUUUACAGGCACUUUUUGGCUGUCCGCGAGACCAGACGUACGGCUACAUGUUUCGCUGUUUUGACACUGACGGGGACGGAAGGGUGGACGCCCACGAGCUCCUGCGGGCGCUCGGGGAAAUGGAGAACGAACAGACCCUCAAGGCAGCCAAUCACCUCAUUGCAGAUCUGGACAAAGACGGCGAUGGAUUAAUCGACCAGGAGGAAUUUGUGCAACUUUUCACAAAGAUUGGAAAUAAGAACUUGUAAAGUUGAUGACGGUGUUAUUUACGGGUGACAUGAUUAAAUAUCACUUGUCUGGCAAGUUUUGGACUAGCAACUACAUUGUAUCGGCAUUUUGUUCUGCAUAUCGAAGGAAAAAACAUAUCAGCGAAUUUUGUAAAUGUUUUCACGACCAUCACUGAUAUAGAAUAUAAAUACAUAUUAUCUACUGGUACAGAUUCAUUCUUUGUUCCAACAUUGACAUGUGUCCUACUUCUGGUAAAUUGUUUUUUACCGCAUAAACGACUGGUAACAUCAGACACCGUUUACAUGCUCGGUUUAGAUGAUAAUGUUCGGUGAUUACCUCCACCGCUUUCGUUAAUUGCUGAUUGAGAAAAAAUGAUUAUUUCGAUAUUGAAUUGGCGCAUCUAUAUUCUAUAUAGGCGUAUAUAGGCGUUGUCCCAUACAAGUCAAAGAACUCAGGUUUACUAAGGUCAACCAGAGUUGGAUUU